AUGGACAAAACUCCGGCUCCCAUUUUUCGACGACAAAAUGUCAUUCCUUCAUCAUCUGCCAUUCCAUCAUCGUCGCCAGCGUUCGGCACGCCUGUCCACCCAUUGAGGCCCUUCAACGUCAACCCGCCGAAAGCAGCGAUCCUGCCAAUCAUUCUGCCACCGGCUACCCUGCGACCACUUGCGUUCCGUACAUUCACAAAAAGACACUCGUUAACCCUCACAUCAUCUGCCCUGCAAGCGCUUGCUUCCUUCAUCGGACGACAUUGUGGCUCAGGAUGGCGCGAGGAGGGACUAGCCGAACGAGUGUUGGAGGAGGUUGCGAGAAGUUGGAAGAACAGAAAUGGAGGUGUAAUUGUUGAGGGGCCAAGUAAGGAGCUACAAGAUAUUCUGAAGACACUCGAGGGCAACAUGAGCGGCGGAAAGAUUGUCGGGCCAGGGAGAGGCUUACCCAGAGGAGACAGCAUGUUGGAGGUGCAAGAUGGUGACGCAGUCAACACGAGGCUUGGUAUCAGACCGACUGGGCCCACGAGAGAAGACAGUAACGCUAGUUUCGGCAUGUCUGGGUUGGGCGUCGAGGAGGAUACCAAAGAGGAGGACGAUACAAAUGACCCGCGGGCUUGGUUGAAUGUCAUUAACGCAUUUGACCAGCCGCGACUGGUGGAGACGACGAAACCAUCGUUACUACCCCCAGCAUCUCACAAGACAACCGUGUUCCGAAAUCGAUAUCAAGUCAUUCACCAACGCCUCCUCCGUAGCGAAGCCUUCCAAACCUCGUCUGUUUCCUCUUCACGCAAACGAACACUCCAACGCUCCCUCUCAAACCAACAAUCUCUCAAAAUCACCCCCAUCGCAAACAUGCUCGGCCGCCAUGGCAGCAACCACAUGCUCCUCGGGCAAUUGGUCAUCCUGCCCACUGGAAAUCUCGCCAUUAGUGACCUCACCGGCACGAUUGCCCUCGACCUCAGCCAAGCGAUCGCAAUCCCAGAAGACUCAGCUUGGUUUUGUCCCGGUAUGGUUGUUCUAGUCGACGGCGUAUACGAAGAAGAAGAAGAAUCAGUAGGCAAAGGCCUCAGCGGCAGCAGUGGCGUAGGAGGUACAUUAGGCGGCCGAUUUCAAGGCUUUUUCAUCGGACAGCCGCCUUGCGAGAAGCGCCAGGCAACACUGGGAAUCAGUGGCCCGGAGGGCGGCCAAGACCACACUAUUGGUGGUGGUUUCGGCUGGAUCGAUUUCCUGGGCGUCGGCAGUGAAAGAGCAGUUGGUGCGAAGAUGCGUCGAAUCGAACGACGUCUCAUGCACCAACCUCUACAAGAUACUCCUACUCCUCGCCGGGGACGAGCAAUCAUCCUAGGCGAGCUCAACCUCGACCAGCCGCGAGCUCUGCAGGCCAUGCGCAAAAUACUAUCCCUCUACGCCGCCGAGCCAGAAGGUUCCGCCCCCCUGACGUUCGUCCUGACCGGCAACUUCACACAGCAAGCCGUCAUGGCCCGCGGCGGUAGUGGCGGCAGCAUCGAGUACAAGGAAUACUUUGAUGCUCUGGCGUCUGCCCUCUCCGACUUCCCCACGCUCCUCCAGUCCUCGACGUUUGUAUUCGUGCCCGGCGACAACGACGGCUGGGUAUCGUCAUUCACGGCCGGGGCCUCCGUCCCACUUCCCAGGAAACCCGUCCCGGAUAUGUUCACCUCGCGCAUACGCCGAGCAUUUGCGACGGCCAACUCCGAAGCAGGUAGUCACGGAACCCAAGGAUCCGCAGUAUGGACCUCAAAUCCCAGUCGUAUGACGCUCUUCGGACCAAACCACGAACUGGUCCUCUUCCGAGAUGAUUUAUCCGCCCGUCUGCGCAGAACAUCCGUCACCCUGAAACGCAAUACCACCGAUCCUGAGAACGAGGAAAACGCACCUCCAGAGGAACAGCCAGAGGAGUCCCAAACGUCCGAGGCAAUGGAACUAGAUGCGGCACACGAAAUCCCCGCCGUGACAGCAGCGCCCUCAAUAUCAGAGGAUGUUCGCACGGCCCAGAAACUAGUCAAAACACUACUCGAUCAGGGGUACCUCGCGCCUUUUAGGCAACCCAUCCGUCCUGUUCACUGGGAUUACUCCUCCUCGCUGCAUUUAUACCCACUUCCGACAGCCAUGGCUUUGAUAGACACGACCGCGCCUCCAUUCUGCAUCACAUAUGAAGGGUGUCACGUCAUGAAUCCGAGUAGUGUUUUGGUUCCUGGGCGAAAAGGCGUGGGUAGAUGGAUAGAAUAUGAAAUAGGACGGCAAGGCAAGCUACGAGAAUGUACGUUGUAA